CACUAACCUAAAAGAGUGUUUCUGUUUCUCUACCUAUUGUCAAAUGAAUUAAAGAAAAUAAAGCUGUGAAAGAAACAAUGAAAAGUGUAUAUAUUUUAAUAGAAUUGGUGGUUUAACCAAAUAUGAUGUCGUUUUUCUAGAAUUAAAUCUGGAUUAUUUGAAUAUUUGACGAGUGCAAUAUGGCUAGUAAUAAUGUAGAAAUAGAAUGGCUUAAAGGUUUAGGGGUAUCUUCAGACUUUGGUGCCACUCUUUCUACAGUUCCUGAGAAUCAACCAGGAACAUCGCCCGUAAAUCAAUAUGAGCAAGUCGAGAGAACCAGUCUUAGCAGUAAUACACUAAAGAGAAACACUAAAAUGGAAUUAUCAAAAAGUGACUUAUUAAAGUUAGUCACUUGCUUUGAGGGCGAAAUACAAGCAAGGGAUAUAGCACUUGCAGCUUUAAAAUCUGAAAAAUUAAAACAAGUAGUUAAUUUAGGAAGAUAUAGACCCAUCCUGAUGACUGAUCCAUAUACAGCUCUUCUGCGAGAUAGUAUUGCUGAUACCCUAAAUUCCAAAGUUCCUGUUAGUGAAAAAGAUAUGCAAGCUGCAGCCGAACAUCAAAUACAAGCUUUAGAACAGCUGGCAAUGCAACAGAGAUGGGCUCAUCAACAUAUGAUCAACAUUUUAAAGGAAGCUGAAAUUAAACAUAAAAAGGUCAUUCAGGAAUUAGAAGAAGAAAAGUGUAAACAUGAGCAUGAUACAGCUCAGGGAGAUGAUAUUACAUAUGGACUAGAAAUGGAAAGGACACGUUUACGACAAGAACUAGAUAUGGAACGAAAUGCAAGAAAAAAGUUAGAGAAAGAAGUUAAGAGACAAGUUGAAUUGGCAGAUGAGGAAAGGGCUAGACAAAAACAAAUUGUGUUGUUACUUUUAGCAGAAAGAAAGAAAAUAAUAGUUAAGUAUAUUGAAGAACGAAAAAGAAGUGAAGAUUUAGCACAGAUUUUAUCUGAAGAAAAAGCAAGGAUUGAUACAAUGGCAGAGGGUUUAGAAGAGGAGAGCAAAAAGUCACUUCAAAUGGAGGCUGAACUUGAAAAACAAGCUCAUGAGUUUGAAGUUGAAAGAAAACAUUUUAAAACUCAAUUAGCUGCAAAAGAACAAAGGAUAUUGGAAAUUGAGACUGAAAUUAAUAGAUUAAGAGCUGAAUGUGAUGCAAUAAGGAACAGAAUCCCGCUAUCAGACAAUGGGGCAGCUAUGAUUAGUAGUGUGGCGAAGGUAGUACAACCUACAGCAACUGUAUCCAGUGUUCCAGUAUCAGGCCCAACUACUGGUAUAGCACAGUCGGUCACACCAGGACAAGCCCUUCGACAGCCUGUUGUACCUAUCUCUUCCUCUACAUUAUCUUCUACAAAACUUGGCCAGGGAACAGCUGCGAUAGAUUCGUCUACGAUCAGGCCCGUUCCCAAGUCCACGUUUCAUUCUCACCUGCAGCAGCCAGCACAAACAGUCCCACAGACACCACCUAAAAAAGGAGCGGCUGCCAGAGGCGUCCCGCCACCCAUACCACCCAACAAGCCAGUGAUACCAAGUAAGACGGCAAUUUCCCGAAGGCCUGAUAGUGCCGAGUAUGAGAAAAAAAAGCCUAAAGAUGGAGAGCCCCAAACAACUCAACAGGUAGUCAGAACAGGUCAGGGCAUCGAAAUAUUGGGCCAAGAGCUGGCCGAUUUUCAGCAAAUGUUUGUCACUAUGGCUACAAGCAAUAAUGCUUAAAUUGUGUUAAAAGAAUUUGUUCUGUUUGCCUGUAGAGCUGAAUAAAGUAAAGCUUUCAAAGUCAAUAUAUAGAAAUUAGUUGUGAUAUGAUAAUUAAUAUUUUUUUAACAAGACUUAUUUUAGCUACAGAUGGAGUAAAAUGAGAGACUCACUAAGGUAUUAUGUUUAAUCUUUGUUAGGACCACUCUAAAAUAAAAAAUGUAACUAUGUUUACCUUAUUUGUAAGUAAUAUUUUUCUGACAUUAUGUCUUAACAAAUCACAAUUUUCUCUAUAUUAAAACAACAUAUUUACCAGUGAUGUCCCUCUAAUUUUAACUCAUGCUGUAGGUAAAAAAUGACAAGAGCUGAUAUUUUCUUAUAAAAUAAACAUUUUUUUUAAUGGAACUCCGAUGUUGUUAAAAUACAAGUUUCAUAACUAAUAAUUUUCUUAUUUAGGAACUGCCAGUAACCCAUCAUCUUGAAUUACCUGCAGUUUUGUCAGCGGUGGCAAGUUUAAGGGUAUGUGUUUAUUUGGUACCCUAUUUUCAUAAAUACAACAUAAAACUUGUAUUUUUAGGUCGGGGA